AUGUCGGAGGCGCGGCCUGAAUCACCCCCAGCCUCAUUCUCGCCCCUGUUGGGCCGAGCAGAGACCCCCUCACCUCUCAGCGGGGGUGGCAGUCAAAGUGGCCGUUUGGUUCCUGCCGCGGCCGCCCGCCAUCUGCCACCGCCCCCGCCUCCUCCACAGCAGCUCGCCACAACCGAAACCGCCACCAGAACCGGGUGAUCCCGACACAGCUGGAACUCCGAGGUGAUGAUUGCGAGGAAGAACCUGCUGCUGCAGUUUGGGAGGAACGCUGCAAGACCUGGACCUGGAUCAGGGUUCAGAGCAGGACCUGGAUCAGAGUUCAGAGCAGGACCUGGAUCAGGGUUCAGAGCAGGACCUGGAUCAGAGUUCAGAGCAGGACCUGGACCUGGAUCAGGGUUCAGAGCAGGACCUGGACCUGGAUCAGGGUUCAGAGCAGGACCUGGAUCAGAGUUCAGAGCAAGACCUGGACCUGGAUCAGAGUUUAGAGCAGGACCUGGACCUGGAUCAGAGUUCAGAGCAGGACCUGGAUCAGAGUUCAGAGCAGGACCUGGAUCAGAGUUCAGAGCAGGACCUGGAUCAGAGUUCAGAGCAGGACCUGGACCUGGAUCAGAGUUCAGAGCAGGACCUGGACCUGGAUCAGAGUUCAGAGCAGGACCUGGACCUGGAUCAGAGUUCAGAGCAGGACCUGGAUCAGAGUUCAGAGCAGGACCUGGAUCAGAGUUCAGAGCAGGACCUGGAUCAGAGUUCAGAGCAGGACCUGGACCUGGAUCAAAGUUCAGAGCAGGACCUGGAUCAGGGUUCAGAGCAGGACCUGGAUCAGGGUUCAGAGCAGGACCUGGAUCAGAGUUCAGAGCAAGACCUGGAUCAGAGUUUAGAGCAGGACCUGGACCUGGAUCAGAGUUCAGAGCAGGACCUGAACCUGGAUCAGAGUUCAGAGCAGGACCUGGACCUGGAUCAGAGUUCAGAGCAGGACCUGGACCUGGAUCAGGGUUCAGAGCAGGAUCUGGACCUGGAUCAGGGUUCAGAGCAGGACCUGGACCUGGAGGAGCGGCUCAGUCAUCAGGGCCUUCAACAGAGCAGGUCAAAGGUCAACUGUAAGACCUGCUCCAGGUGA